GUCUGUUUGCUGCUGGCAAGCUGCUGUACUUAAUCACAUUGAGAAAAGACCAAAGAAAAUAGGAGCGGUGGAUGUUUAUAUGCUAAAAUUGGGUCAUUUUAGGCCAUUGCUAGAUGGUUGAUACGCAGCGUGAUGACCUGAUACAUGCAAGAAACCACAAGAGCCUCUGAUGAAGGAGGUGCUCACAGACAAAGAAGGGACAAAAACAGAUUUCCUGUAUUGUACUCAAAAGAUUUGUUUAGACACCAUUGCCAUCACCUCUUCUGGCUGCUCAAGAUCGCUUUGCACAACUUCAAUUUGACUUUUAAAAGAAUCUGAACAACUUUUCUCAUCUAGCUCAGCUCUUUAUCUUCUUCCGCAGGUGAGAAACCUCAUUAGGAAAAAUGGAGAGCAGUUACCUUCUGGGACGCAUCGAUCUUUAGCGCGAUAUUUUGCAUCAUGCCCAUUGCUCAGAUUGCAAUUGGGGCAAUAUACCUUCAUGAGUGUCCGCGCCAGCACUACAUCCCCAUCUAUCUGAUAGUGUUAGGACUCUCAAGCCUGUUGUUCGUGUUGCUCUCCUGCUUUCCCUGUGCCAAAGAGCCAGAAGAAGGCACCUCCAACCCUCUGAGCACAAUCUACAAAGCCUGGAACUCACUGGCAAUGUUCUUUGUCUUCUGCUGGUUUAUCGCUGGUGAUGUAUGGAUCUACUCUAUUUAUCAGCCCAACUAUGACAAAAACACAACAAACGUGGACCCCUACUGCAACAAGACCCUUUACCUGUUUGCCUUCUGGAUAAACACUUUGUUUAAUAUCUCAGUUGGGUUUUUUUUCCUGGGCGUCUUCUUGUUCCUCCUCGGCUUCUGCCUGUAUAGGGGUGCCAAUCCUGCCGCCGACGUGUAACGACUUUUGGAAAUGAUGAGGGGACUGGACGCACUCAACGAAUAUGCUGCCAAGGCAAAUAUGUUGGAAAUGGGUUCCAAAAAAUGGCAGGAUAAGUGUGUGAUGUGUCCGUGCAUCUUGUGUUGAAAGAUGAGCAUUUUCUAUACCUCUGCAGCAGCUACUGUUUACAGGAAUUUAAUUAUAUCAAGAAGAUCACUGAUGUUUAAGAAUUUGUACGAGAGCUGAUUCCAAUAGCAAAAAUAUGUUUUACUUUCUUAUUUGUUGCCAUAUUUGUCCCAGGAAAACACACAGGUCUACAUUAUAAAUGUGAGCAAGGUUUUUCUCACAAGUUUUUCAGCUCAUCAUUAAACUCUUUUAGUGACAUUACAGAUAAAUCUCAGCCACUCACAUCGUUUACUGGCAUCUUAUUUGCCAAUAAAAACCCAGCAUCGGUCAGUGUCAGUAAUUAGCUGAUAUAUCUGUGAAUCUGUAGAUGUGCUGUUACAUGCUGAGCCACAAAUUGGCAUUAUUGAGUGUAAAUGAUGAAAUUAAAAAGUCACUUUGGUUAUGGUAUCAUUUAGGAAAUAAAUAAAUAAGAAAUAAAUCAUGUGUAAUGCGGUUUUUCAUAAUUAUAAUUCUGUAAAGUGUAGGUUUGUUUUCUGUGGAAACCAACACUUUUUUGUAUUUCACUGUUCAAAAUGUAAUCACAUCAUUAAACUCUGUCAGAGGUUUAUCGCUGCAAGGAUGGAUCAUGAAUCGUGAGAUUUGUAAUAAAAGUCAUGCUGUAUUUUGUCAUGUUAGGAAUAAAAAUGAAAGAGAAGAAAGAUUGGGAAGCUUUUAUGCGCCGGCUGUGUAGCAACAGGAAAUAGUUUCAUCUCAAAAGAAGAAAUUCUGCACCUACAUGCUAAAUGAUAGUCUGUGCAAGAAAGCAUUAGACAGAAGCGCACAAUGGAUAAUACGGUUAUUUUCAGUGUAUCUGAUCUUUAAAAUUUGUAAUUGGAUACUGUCCCAGUACUGAAGCUUACUUUUUUUGUUGUUUCUGUGAAAAACGACAAUGGUUAAGGAUUAAAGUGUACACCUCUAUAACCGACUCUGUUUAAUUAUUAGUUGUUAAUAAUCUCUGGCUUGGCUUGCUUCCACAGCGUGUCUUUUUCCUGUCUUUCUUCCCUAACCCCAACCGAAAGAUGGGAAACCACUGAAUAAGAAUCGGUGUUACAAAAAAGACACAGUGGAGACUCAUGAUUUCAUCCAGGAAACACCAAGAACCUUAGAGGCUUGCAAAGUGUAUGGCUGGGAAGGCCAGUUUUAGUCAUGUAUUUAUGAGUGGGGGCUCAGUGCAGAUAAGAAAACUAAUAUUUAGGUUUUCAGAAAAUAAAAACAGUUGAACAACAGAGGAAUCUGUGAUAGACUUGAAAUCCUCUACAAGGAUCCUCCAUUCCCCAGUACAGACCAGUCCCUCUUUUACAAGAGACAGCCUCCACCAGGUCUGUCCUGGCAGAGGCCGAGGGUGAGUUAGACGUGG